AUGUCAAUUCAUCCACAAAUUAUUCCAAAGAAAGAAAUCAACCAGUCUGGAACGGCUUACGUCAUUCCGACCCAAACUGACUAUUUCGAUAAUACGACGAUACAAGAACAGCCAUUCUUUGUAAAUCCAGUGAAAACUGAGAAAAAACCGGAUACGUACACCUUCCAUUUCGCGAAAGGAUCCGCACCGGUCAUCACCAUCCAAAAUCAAUAA